AUGGAAAAGCCGACUCUGUUCGAAGCCCGUGAGAUGGACAGCUCUGCCAGUCUAUCGCAGUCUCAUGAGACUCACGAUUCCAAAGACGGUGUCAUGGAUCCUCGGAACCCGCAGAAUUGGAGCUCAACACGCAAGAUGCUGCUCUUCAUCUCGCUCAUGUCGAGCUCCCUGCUCGCUGAUGGCGCAAUGGUCUGGGGCUCAACGCUCGUCACCCAGCAGGCCAUAGACUGGGAUAUCACCAUUGACCAUUCGGCCACAAGUAUGAACUGGGGCAUUCUGCUGCAGGGCUUCGGCGGGAUCUUCGCCGUCCCACUCAUUGAAGCCUAUGGUCGUUAUCCCGUCUGGCUAUGGCCUCAGGUGAUCACGAUGUUCAUGGUGUUGGGCGCCACCCUCUCCAAUGACUACUCAACCUUUACCGUCUUUCGCUCGCUGCAGGGCUUAUUCGGUACCGUGCCACAGGUGAUUGGACUGCCUAUAAUUCAUGACAUGUAUAGUUCGCAUGAAUGGCCACGUAUGAUCAAUAUAUGGGGCACCACGUUCCUGGUCGGUCCGUUCCUAGGUCCUGCGCUCGCGGGCUACAUUGGUGCAGGUACAAAUUGGCGCGACUCUUUCGGUGUCUUGACUGCCAUAUAUGGUGUGUCGACGGUUAUGGUUCUCGCCUUUGGCCGCGAGACAUACUAUGCACCGGAUAAGGCGCCUGGCUCACGUCUUGGCUCAUACUUUGGCAUCGGAAAUACCAAGCUGCCCAAGCUGUCCACGCUGGGAUUUUGGUGCCAGAGACUCGUUGUCUAUGUGUUCAAGUUUCCCUUGCUGAUGACAGGUUUUGCCGUCCUGGUGACGUUUACUUGGCCAAUUGGCAUCACGACAACAAUCGACACCUUCCUGCACAGUCCGCCCUACCUCUUCGACACGAUCGAGGCGUCAUCUAUGCGUUUCGCCGGUGUGAUCGGAGCGCUGUGUGGCUGGGCUUUCGGUCACUUCUUCAACGAAUGGAUAUACCAUCGCCAUAGUGCCAACUGGCGCACCGAGCUGCGUCUGCACGGCGUGUGGGUCCCAAUUGGGAGCAUGGCCUGUGGUUUACUCACGUAUGGUCUGACCAUGAACUUUGGCGAACACUGGAUCGGAUUGGCCUUUGGUUGGAUCAUGGUGAACAUCGGCAUGGUCGGCACCAUUGUCGCAAUCACGGCCUAUGCGCUAGAAAAAUACCCCAAUCAGUCCACCUGCGUGUCCGCUAUCCUCAACAUGUGGCGCACAUGUGGCGGCUUCGCUGUAGGAUAUUUCCAGCCCGAGUGGAUUGUGCGCAAUGGCCUUGGUCUGGUAUUCGGUAUCCAGGCUAUCGUCGUCUGCAUUGCGGUCGUCCUAACCAUCACUCCUGUGCUGUUGGUCGAGCGACGCAAGCAGGCAUCAGGCGCUGCAUGA